AUGAGCACGGCAACUCUUAAAAACAUUUUAUUGGGGUGGCUUGCUUACGGUUUCAGAGGUUCAGUCCACUAUCAUCAUGGUGGGGAGCAGGCCGACUGUACUGGAGUAGCAGCUGACAGUCCUCCAUCUUGUAGGCAACAGCUUAUCUCUGACACUGGGAGUAGCUUCCGCACAGAACUCAAAGCUCACCGACACUGUGACACUGUGACUAUUCCUCCAAUAAGGCCACACCUCCUGAUAGUACCACUCCCUUUGGGAGCCAUUUUCUUUUUAAACUACAACAGUAAAAUAACCUUUGAAGGCGGGGAGAGCAGGUUCUACAAAAGCACACUAAUGGAGGAACUUUACAGAAUGGCACAUGGCCUUGGCUAACAGUGACGGCCUGCAAGCAUGGGAUUCUGCCUUUGAAGUCUCACCAGGUGCUUGGUGCACAGGGGAGUCUCACGUUGACUGGCAGCCAUUCCUGUGAUACCUGAAGGCCCCCUCACAGGGGACAAGGUUUAUUCUCAUUUCCUGCCUCUUUCUCACCCUCCAUGUGCUUGAAGACUUGAGUCGGAAUGAAAUAUCAUAGCAAAUUCUAAUUUGGAUGUGGCUGCCAUUUUAUCUAUUUUUUAAAAAAUCAUAACUUGGGGGAUAGAGAGGUGGCUAGAGAGGGGCUAGAGAGCAUUGUCAGCUCUUCUGGAGGACUUGGCUUCAAUUUCCAGCAACCACUGGGUGGUUCACAGGAUAUUCUAAAAUUUUAAGCAUGAGGUUAGGUGUUGUGGUACAUGCCUUUAAUUUCAGUACUCAGGAGGCCAGAGGCAGGUAGAUCUCUAAGUUCAGGUUGGUCUACAUAGUGAAACCCUUUUCCAAAAAACAAACAAGCAAACAAAAUUUAAAUUAGACAAACUCUCACUCAAUCCUAAUUAAAAAGUAAGAAAAUAAGACAUUAUCAGGACAAAUGGAAAAAUAUGAAUGUGGGCUAGAUAAUGUUAGGAGUUAACUGCUUUCAAAUAUAUAAAAAAUUAACCAUGGCUCUGUGACUGCUGAAGAAAAUUUCUACGGAAUUAUUUAUGGCUAAGAUGCUGCAUGCAAUUUAUUUCAAACAGUUCAACAAAAUCUGUAGAAAAAAUGAUAAGGAAAAAAUAUCAAGAACAGUUGGAUCAGGGUAUUUAUUUUGAUUUCCAAACUUUUUGUAUGCUUGGUAACUUUAUAAUUACAAGUUGGAAAAAUUGAAAUUAUUCCUCUUAUUGCAGCACUUGGGAGGCCGAGACAAAAAGAUUACUGUAGAUUUAAAGCUUGGGCUGCCUGGUGAGAGCCCAGUCACUCAGCAUUGUUUGUAAUAGCCAGAACAUGGAAACAACCUAGAUGCCCUUCAAUGGAAGAAUGGAUGAAGAAAGUAUGGAAUAUAUACACAUUAGAGUACUACUCAGCAGUAAAAAACAAGGACUUCUUGAAAUUUGCAAACAAAUGGAUGGAAAUAGAAAACACUAUCCUGAGUGAGGUAAGCCAGACCCAAAAAAAGGAACAUGGGAUAUACUCACUCAUAUUUGGUUUCUAACCAUAAAUAAAGGACAUUGAGCCGAUAAUUAGUGAUCCUAGAGAAGCUAAAUAAGAAGGUGAACCCAAAGAAAAACAUAUAGGCAUCCUCCUGAAUAUUAACCUUCAUCAGGCGAUGAAAGGAGACAGAGACAGAGACCCACAUUGGAGCACCGGACAGAAAUCUCAAGGUCCAAAUCAGGAGCAGAAGAAGCACGUUUUAAAAAUAAUCAAAAUACAAAAGAUAAUUGAGCCACCAGUUUGAGUGGGUAGGCUAGUUGGCUACAAGGAUAAAAUUAGUUGCAGAAAAAUUAAGAACUUAGCUAGAGUGGAGAGACAGGGAAUGUGAAAGAGACAAGGUAUGAAAUAAUUUUAGAAAGGCUGUCAAAAAUGGAUAAUUCCUAAAAAGAGGCUGAAAUCAUAUUAUUAAAACAAUUUCUAAAAUCAAUUCCUGAGACUAAAGAAUUUCUGGGAAUGUAAGCAGAGAGAUACACACACAGGGACCCCAUCAUGUGUCUGCGAGACACCACACACAGCAGUCAGAGAGGAGGAGAGACAUUCAGGGAACUAGGGCAUUUGGAGGUGGUCAUCCAUGUCUUUCCAGAGGCAGGUACAAGCAGGGGGCAGCUGCUCCUACUGAGCCUGUUGGAUACCCAGCCAGAAGAGUGGAACAGCAUUGGUUGUUGAAACCCUGGAGUGAUGGCUCAGAGGUGAAGGGCACUGACUGCUCUUUCAGACCUCUUGAGCUCAAUUUCCAGCAACCACGUGGUGGCUCACAACCACCUAUAAUGAGAUCUGGUGCCCUCUUCUGGUCUGCAGACAUAUAAGCAAACAGAACACUGUAUCCAUUACAAUUAAUAAAGAGCAAAGACAAAAUAUUUCAGGGGAGGGGUGUAGUUGAAUGUUUUUCUUUCCUGCUCGUGGGUCCCCGUAGCCACUUAUAAAAUAACCACUCAGAGCCUCAAUAUCAGUUAUAACUGUUUGGGCAAUGACUCAGGAAUAUUACUGACUAGCUCUCACAAUUAAAUUAAUCCAUUUCUAUUAAUCUGUACAUUGUCCAGAGGUUAUGGUUUACUGUGAUGCUCCAGGAUGUUACUCAUUCAGCAGCUACAUGGCAUCUUCCUAACUCCGAUUUUUUACUAUCUGUAUCUUUGCUUGGAUUUCCCACCUUUCUCAAACAGCUUUAUUCACCAACCAAUGAGACACAUAUUCACAGCAUACAGAAAGAUAUCCUACAUCAUCUCCCCUUUUCUGUCUAAUUAAAAGGGAAAGUUUUAACUUUAACAUUGUAAAUUACAUAUAACAGCCAGGUGGUGGUGGCGCAUGCCUUUAAUCCCAGCACUAGGGAGGCAGAGGCAGGCGGAUCUCUGGGAGUUCAAGGCCAGCCUGGUCUACAAGAGCUAGUUCCGGGACAGGAACCAAAGCUACAGAGAAACCCUGUCUCGAAAAAAAAAAUUACAUAUAACAAAGCAGGUAAUAAGCAAGAAUUAUAAUUACAAUAUUUAGCCUAUUUAUAUUUGGCAAAGUUAAAGAAAAUACUUUAUCACCUAUCUUUGACAAUCUAAAUGUUUCAUAUAUAAUUUACCUUUUAUCAUAACUGAGGAAAACUAUAAUUAUAACUAUCUAGACUUCAACUCCAUCAAAGACCCUAGAGGUAUAUAAUAUAACCUAAGUAAACAGGAAAUGCACUGUAAGCAACUUCCAAAAAUCUAGAAACGGCAGAGAUAUCUGGCCUCACAGAAUGUCUGGAAGACUCUUCCAUGAAGCAGGAAUCCUGAAGGACCAUCCCAUCUUUAAGUGACUGUUAAGUCACUGUGGGUUCUACAUGUCAUGGUAAGACCAUGAGAAAGUCGUCCACUAUGUGUUGUUGAGACCCUUGCUUCCCCUAAGUUUUCCUGACACGAGGUAACCGUUUUCUAGGAGAGAUGCAAUGAAGAAUCAGCUGUAGAGAACAAUGGUAGGGAUCCUGCUGCCUGAUAACGCACCCAGCACGGCAACUUUACUAUGUGAACUGUAGUAACUACACAGAGGAGUAACUGGAAAAGCCCAGUUCAGCUCCAUUAGAGAGACGACGUAUCAUCCAAACCACAGGUUGGUGUGAUUGUGACUGUGAGCGCAUCUUUUCUGCUUGGACUAAGGAGCCUGGAGCCCAACUUUUAAUUCACUUGUAUUACUGUAUGACUUAUUGGGUUAGUAUCAUACUUACUGUCUCUGACUCCUUCCUUCCCCCCUUUAUCAUAAUUCAUUUAUUUCUUCACCUUACAUAAAUUUCUUACAAAAUUGUUUCAAAGCUUUCUUACAAUCAAACAGGAUAUACAUUCAUAUAUAUGUACAAUUCAUAAAUGCCAAAAAAAAUCUUAAAAUAAAAAAUUAACUUAUAUUUAUGUCUAUGUGGAUUUGUACAUGAGUGCACUGCCUUCAGAAGCCAAUAGAGGCUGUUAGAUUCCUUGGAGCUGAAGUUAUAGGUGGUUGUAACCCAAGUAAGAAUGUGUGCUGGGAACUGAAUUUGGUCCCCUGUAAGAACUGGAAAGACUAGAGGCAUUUUCUGUGAAGGACUACUGAUUUACUUAAAAACUUGUUAGGUGUUUUAUCUAUCUAUCUAUUUAUUUAUUUUGCGACAGGGUUUUUCUGUGUAACUCUGGCUAUUCUGGAACUAGCUGUGUAGAUCAGGCUAGUCUCAAACUCACAGAGAUCUGCCUGCCUCUGCCUCCAGAGUGCUGGGAUUAAAGGCGUGCACUUCAAAAGACUCUUUCCAACUUUACUAGUCGUAACCAAUCUUGUUUUCAAAAAUUACUCUGGUACAUUGUUUUAAAAGAAUAUAUUGUUGUGUGGGGCGUGGGUGCGGUGAGAGGGCAGCUCUGAAAGUCAGUUUCACCUGGGGUUUGGGAACUUGGUUGCUAGGCUUUCCUGAGGAAUUCUGUCCCCCCCGGAAGCCGUCUCCUUAGUCUAAGAUUUUUGAACUCCUAUUUUAACAUUUGAUUAGUUAUCUAGCUUUCUUCAGAUCUUACAAAUCGUUUGACUUUUUAAACAUUUAUUCUAGUUUUGUAUCUUUUUUGUUUUGUUUUUUGAGAUAGGAUUUCUCUAUAGCUUUGGAUUCUGUCCUGGAACUAGCUGUGUAGAUCAGGCUGACCUCGAACUCACAGAGAUCCGCCUGCCUCUACCUUCCGACUGAUGGGAUUAAAGGUGUUCACCACCAUCGCCAGAUCUUGUGUCUUUAUUGUUCCAUCACCUAGGCGCCAAUCACUCAGCUUGUAGACUUUUGGUAUGUCUCAGUAAACAUGGCAUGUAUUGAUAUUUUGUUUUGUGUUUUAACGAAUAAAGCUUGCCUGAAGAUCAAUUCUGAGAUCAUAUAACACAAAAUGGUCAUUCCUUUCUCUGAUCAUUCUUUCUUUAUUAUUUAUUUAUUUAUAUUUUGACAGAAGGUCUCACUUAAGCCUGGAACUUACCAGAUAGCCCGGGUAGGCUUCAACUUUACACUUUUCCAUCUUGCUGUCUUAGCCUUCCAACUGUUGGGAUUAAAGGUGAGUCACCACACUCUGCGAGAUUCUUAACCUGUGCCGCUGUGAAUAGGUCACUGAUCGGAGUUAAAGGGGACAACAAAGCCGCCAAAAAGACACACCCGAAUGGAGCCUGUGAGUGGUGCAUCUCUGAGAUCGGCCCGUUACCGGUAGUCCACUGGCAUCUCUGUGGGUAGGCUUCCUUCCCUGGCCUUCCGACACUCCGGAGGUCUGGGCAGGCAUGCUUACAAAGGAGUCCCGAGUAGAAAGAUGUGCUGGGGCACUUUGCUUGCUCGGAUCAGAGGUGACCGUCAACGUAAGUGAACACAAGUGAACGUAGGCAAGCGCGUGACAUCCAAACCACACUGGGACCGUUUUCAUUUCCCGGGAUGGGAGGAAUGCAGGGGUGAGCCGGUCGGCUGUCCGGGCACAGUCGGGGGCACCGAAAGGGCUCCGGGGCCGACUGCACACUCGGGCUGCCAGCCUGCAGGCCUCCGAGCCCGGCGGAUCGCCGAGCCAGGUGACGCCGCCGCCUGGCAGGCCGCGCAUGCGCACAACGGCGCCCCCGCCCCCACUGCCCGCUCCUAACGCCCCCGCCGCGGCCCGCGGGCCAUGGAACCCGCCGAGGCCGGCGCGGUCCGAGCUCUGCUGCCCGAGCGUCCGGGCGCCGUAGCCCUGUGAGCCCGGCGGGCUGGGUCCGGCCGCGACCCGCAGCCCGCCCGCUCGCUCGCUCGCCCGCCCGGUGCCGCGCGUGCGCGCCCGCCCGCCCGCCGAGGGAGAGCGCGAUUGAGGGGUGGGCCGCCGCGACGAUGCCGCGGGGCCGCCCCCCGAAGUCCCGGGACGGUGCGGCGCGCGGCGACUCCGGUAAGGCCCGCGGCGGCCACCGAGUCCCCGGAUGGGCGCGGGGUGCGCCGGGAGCGGCGCGGAGGGCGGGCGGCGGCGACUGGCCGGGCGGGCGCAGCGCGGGCGGACGGAUACGGGCGCCGCGGCCGGGCCCCUCCGCGCUGGGCCUACUUUCCGGGCCGUGGCGGAGCGGGGGCGGCGGCGCGGGCGGCGGCUUCCUCCUCCUCCUUCUCCCGAGUUCCUGUCGGCUCCCUCCCGAGCCCCUGUCCUGCGAAUCUCCUCACCGCCCUCCCGAGUCCCGAUCCUCCAGGCAGUCCCCCGCCCUCCAUGCCGCGGGCUCCCUCCGCUCAGCUCAGCGUCGUGGUCUCCUCAGUCCCCUCCCUCCAUGUCUCCCUGUCCCUUCCGCCCGUCCCCUGUCGGCCUCGGCCGUCCCCGGCGCAGGCCCGAGGGAGUGCCCGCUCUUCCGGUGUGUCCGGGUUCCGCGUUUCUAAGGAACCCCAGGCCGUCGGGCAACGAGGACCUGGAGGGGGGUCCCGCGGGGGGGGGGGCGGUGCACACAGUAGGCUCUCCUGCGCACAGUAGGCCUCGGGGGCAGCAUUCCCCUCGGCCGUUUCUGCCUCGCUGGCUGAAUUCGUUUGCGAUAACUGGGGCCUAUUUCUUCUAAGGGAAGAAGUGCACAGUUUUACAGCGGGCGAAGUGAUGGGGAAAAUGUCACCCACACCGUCGCCUCUCCUCAGCCUGGCGCUUAGUGGGGGCCCCUCCUCCAGCGCGAGGAGGAGGAAACAGGCAUCCAUUGCCACCGCGUUCUUUUGAGAUGGGAUGGGGGUCAUCGGGUUGAGAGGUGCAGAGCUCAGCUGUGAGAGCCAGGGUUUAGUCUCAGUCUUGGGAACUACUUGCCCCGGAGUCCCUACGUUUGUGGUCCCGAAGCAGCCCUGGGCGGUUUGUGCAGUCAAGCUUGCUGGGAAAGGACCCUGCUUAGGCGCUGGGAAGGCGGUGCCUGUCUGGGACGCAAUGGAAGAUGGAGUUUUGGCGUUAAAUGAUGAUGAUCUUGACGAUGACUGUCAGAUACCAAGCUUCCACAAAUGUGAGAUCUGUUUGCUGUCUUUUCCAAAAGAGUCUCAGUUUCAGCGUCACAUGAGGGAACAUGAGCAAAAUGACAAGUCCUUUGAAAAUUCUACCAGAAGCCUUGGGAGCCCUGACUGUUCUAUAACUCAAUCUAUAGACCAGGCUGGCCUCAAAUUUACAGAGAUCUAUCUGCCUCUGACUCCUGAGUGCUGGGAUUAAAGCCACACCGUUGUGACCAGUGCCCCCAAACAUUUAAUGUUGAAUUCAACUUGACACUUCAUAAGUGUACACACAAUGCAGAAGAUCCUGUCUGUCCUGUGUGCAACAAGAGGUUCUCCAGAGUGGCCAGUCUCAAAGCACAUAUUAUGCUCCAUGAGAAGGAAGAGAACCUCAUUUGCUCUGAGUGUGGGGAUGAGUUCACGCUGCACAGCCAACUGGCCAUACACAUGGAGGAGCACCGACAGGAGCUGGCAAACAACCGAGUCCACACCUGCAAGGCCUGUAAGAUGGAGUUUGAGACGACGCCUGAGCUGAAGGAACACAUGAAGGCUCACUGUAAAGCUAGGGCAUCAGGUACAAGAACUUACAAUCGGAACAUUGACAGAAGCGGCUUCACAUACUCCUGUCCACACUGUGGAAAGACAUUUCAGAAGCCCAGUCAGUUAACGCGACAUAUAAGGAUACACACAGGUGAAAGGCCAUUCAAAUGCAGCGAGUGUGGAAAAGCUUUUAACCAGAAAGGGGCACUGCAGACCCACAUGAUCAAGCACACAGGAGAAAAGCCACAUGCCUGUGCCUUUUGUCCUGCUGCCUUUUCUCAGAAGGGGAACCUGCAGUCCCAUGUGCAGAGGGUCCACUCAGAGGUAAAAAACGGGCCCACUUAUAACUGUACAGAAUGUAGCUGCGUCUUUAAAAGUUUAGGUAGCUUAAAUACUCACAUCAGCAAGAUGCAUAUGGGUGGACCCUCCAACUCCACAGGUUCUACAGAGACUGCACAUGUUAUAACGGCCACGAUCUUUCAGACUUUGCCUCUGCAGCAGGUGGAAGCCCAGGUCUCAUCAGUCUCUAGUCAGCAGAAUUCUCAGGCAGUGACUGAUGUCAUUCAGCAGCUUCUGGAACUGUCUGAGCCGGGGCCAGUGGAGGCACAGCAGUCCCCACAGUCUGGGCGACAACUGAGUGUGACAGUGGGCAUCAACCAGGACAUCCUCCAGCAAGCCUUAGAAAACAGUGGGCUGUCUUCACUUCCAGUUGCAGCACCUCCCAGCGACUGCAGCCAUGCUCAGACGUCCACAGUGUCUCCUCAGAGUCCACAUGCCUCUAGCGUCUCUGCUGAGCAAGCCGAUUCCAUGGAUGCAGAGCAGGAAAAGGGACAAGAAAGUCCUGAGAAGAUGGAUAAGAAAGAGAAGAAGAUUAUGAAGAAGAAAUCACCGUUUCUACCUGGCUCCAUUCGUGAGGAGAACGGGGUACGGUGGCAUGUGUGUCCCUACUGCACAAAGGAGUUCCGGAAGCCCAGUGACCUUGUACGCCACAUCCGCAUCCACACCCACGAGAAGCCCUUCAAGUGUCCACAGUGUUUCCGGGCCUUUGCCGUGAAGAGCACACUGACUGCUCACAUCAAAACUCACACUGGCAUCAAGGCCUUCAAGUGCCAGUACUGCAUGAAGAGCUUUUCCACCUCAGGGAGCCUCAAGGUGCACAUCCGCCUCCACACAGGAGUUAGACCUUUUGCUUGUCCUCACUGUGAUAAAAAAUUCCGAACCUCAGGCCAUAGGAAGACUCAUAUAGCUUCUCACUUUAAACACACGGAACUGCGGAAGAUGAGGCACCAGCGCAAGCCUGCGAAGGUUCGGGUGGGCAAGACCAAUGUUCCUGUCCCCGAUAUUCCUUUGCAAGAACCAAUUCUCAUAACGGACUUGGGUCUUAUCCAGCCCAUUCCAAAAAACCAAUUUUUCCAAAAUUAUUUUAAUAAUAAUUUUGGCAAUGAAGCAGAUAGACCCUACAAAUGUUUUUACUGCCAUCGAGCAUACAAAAAGUCUUGUCAUCUUAAACAGCACAUCAGAUCACAUACUGGUGAAAAACCUUUCAAAUGUUCGCAGUGUGGCAGAGGCUUCGUCUCUGCAGGAGUGCUCAAAGCACAUGUUCGGACACACACUGGACUGAAGUCUUUCAAGUGUCUGAUCUGCAAUGGAGCCUUUACCACGGGUGGCAGCUUACGACGACACAUGGGCAUACACAACGACCUCCGCCCAUACAUGUGUCCCUAUUGCCAGAAAACAUUUAAGACUUCACUAAACUGCAAAAAACACAUGAAAACCCAUAGAUACGAACUAGCCCAGCAGCUCCAGCAGCAUCAGGAGGAGUCCUCCAUAGACGACAGCACAGUGGACCAGCAGAGCAUGCAAGUGUCAGCUCCCAUGCCUGUGGAGAUUGAAAGUGCGGAACUGCAGCAGACCCCAGAGACUGUGCCAGCAGACCCUGAAGCUAUACUGGAACUGGGGCCCCAGCAUGUGGUAGGCGCAGAAGAUGCGGAACUUGGACAGCAAUUGGCAGAUGAGCCUUUGGAAGCUGACGAAGAUGGCUUUACAGCUCCCCAAGAUGCUCUCCCAGGACACAUGGACCAGUUUGAAGAGCAAACUACUCCACAGCAGUCUUUUGAGUCUGCAGGACUCUCACAAGGUUUCACAGUCACCGACACAUACAGUCAGCAGACUCCAUUUCCAGCUGUGCAGCAACUGCAGGAUUCUAGCACACUUGAGUCCCAGGCCUUAUCAACGAGUUUCCACCAGCAAAACUUACUGCAGGUCCCAAGCUCCGAUGCCAUCGAUGUGGCAACUCGUUUGCUUCCAGAGUCAUCUCAAGAGGAUCUGGACCUACAGCCACAGCGUCCACAGUUCCUGGAGGACAGCGAGGAGCAGAGCAGGCGCUCUUACAGAUGUGACUAUUGCAACAAGGGCUUCAAGAAGUCCAGCCACUUGAAGCAGCAUGUGCGCUCACACACGGGGGAGAAACCCUACAAGUGCAAGCUUUGUGGGCGUGGUUUUGUUUCCUCUGGCGUCCUCAAGUCUCAUGAGAAGACACAUACAGGAGUCAAGGCCUUCAGCUGCAGCAUCUGCAGUGCCUCCUUCACCACCAAUGGCAGCCUCACGCGGCACAUGGCCACACACAUGAGCUUGAAGCCUUACAAGUGUCCGUUCUGCGAGGAGGGCUUUCGCACAGCGAUUCACUGUAAAAAGCACAUGAAGAGACACCAGGCAGUCUCAUCUGCAACCUCAACAGCUGCAGACACAGAGGGAGGAGACACGUGUGUGGAGGACGAGGAAGACAACUGUGACAGAAGUGCAUCCAGAAAGCCGCGCCCUGAGGUCAUCACUUUCACAGACGAGGAGACAGCCCAGCUGGCCAAGAUUCAGCCCCAGGAGAGUGCUACAGUGUCUGAGAAGGUCCUGGUGCAGUCAGCUGCAGAGAAGGACCGCAUCAGUGAGAUGAAGGAUAAGCAAGCAGAGCUUGAGGCCGAACCCAAGCAUGCCAACUGCUGCACAUACUGUCCUAAGAGCUUCAAGAAGCCCAGUGAUCUGGUGAGGCAUGUUAGAAUCCAUACUGGCGAGAAGCCAUAUAAGUGUGAUGAAUGUGGGAAGAGCUUUACUGUGAAGUCCACACUAGAUUGCCACGUGAAGACUCACACGGGCCAGAAGCUGUUCAGCUGUCAUGUCUGCAGCAAUGCCUUCUCCACAAAAGGAAGUCUGAAGGUGCACAUGCGCCUGCACACAGGGGCAAAGCCUUUCAAGUGCCCUCACUGUGAGCUGCGCUUCCGUACUUCUGGGAGGAGGAAGACUCAUAUGCAGUUUCAUUACAAAUCAGAUCCUAAGAAAGCCAGGAAGCCUGUGACCCGAAGCUCGUCAGAGAGUCUGCAACCUGUGAGCCUCCUCAACUCCCCUUCCAAUGACCCCAAUGUGUUCAUCAUGAACAACUCUGUUCUAACAGGGCAGUUUGAUCAGAAUAUGCUUCAGCAAGGGCUGGUGGGUCAAGCUAUCCUUCCUGCCUCUGUUUCAGCUGGUGGGGACUUGACAGUGUCUCUGACUGAUGGGAGUUUGGCCACUCUGGAAGGUAUCCAAUUACAACUGGCUGCUAAUUUGGUUGGACCAAAUGUUCAGAUUUCUGGAAUUGAUACCUCCAGCAUCAACAAUAUCACUCUGCAGAUUGACCCGAGCAUUCUGCAGCAAACACUACAGCAGGGCAGCCUGCUUGCUCAGCCAGUGACAGCAGAGCCUGGCCCUGGCUCACAGAACAGCUCUCUUCAGACGUCAGACAGCACUGUCCCAGCCAGUGUUGUCAUCCAGCCCAUCUCAGGCCUGUCCUUACAGCCCACCGUGACAUCUGCCAAUCUGACCAUUGGCCCACUCUCUGAGCAGGACUCCGUGCUGACCACCAGCUGCAGCGGGACACAGGACCUCACUCAAGUGAUGACUUCACAAGGCCUUGUAUCCACUUCGACGGGCCCCCACGAGAUCACCCUGACCAUCAACAACUCAAGUCUCAGCCAGGUUCUUGCCCAGGCUGCUGGCCCCACUGCCACAUCAUCCUCGGGCUCUCCACAGGAGAUCACACUGACAAUCUCUGAACUUAAUCCUACAAGUGGGAGCCUUCCUUCAACAACACCGAUGUCACCAUCAGCCAUUUCAACCCAGAACCUGGUUAUGUCUUCAUCAGGUGUGGGUGGUGAUGCCAGUGUCACGCUGACUCUGGCUGAUACUCAGGGCAUGUUGUCUGGAGGUCUGGACACAGUUACACUGAAUAUCACCUCUCAGGGCCAGCAAUUCCCAGCAUUGCUCACAGAUCCCUCUCUCUCAGGCCAGAGUGGAGCAGGCUCACCACAAGUCAUAUUAGUGAGCCACACUCCACAGUCCUCCUCGGCUGCUGGUGAAGAAAUAGCUUACCAGGUGACUGAUGUCUCUGCCCAGCUGACCCCUACCAGCCAGCCUGAAAAGGAGGGCCCUUUACACCAGUGCCUGGACUGUGAGCGUGCCUUCUCAUCAGCCGCGGUGCUCAUGCACCACAGCAAGGAGGUGCACGGGAAGGAGCGCAUCCAUGGCUGCCGGGUCUGCAGGAAGGCCUUCAAGCGUGCCACACACCUAAAGGAGCACAUGCUGACACACCAGGCUGGUCCUUCGCUCAGCUCUCAGAAGCCCAGGGUAUUCAAAUGUGACACCUGCGAGAAGGCGUUUGCCAAACCAAGCCAGCUGGAGCGGCAUAGCCGCAUUCACACAGGGGAGCGGCCGUUCCACUGCACUCUCUGUGAGAAGGCCUUCAACCAGAAGAGCGCGCUGCAGGUGCACAUGAAGAAGCACACUGGCGAGCGGCCCUACCGGUGUGACUACUGUGUCAUGGGCUUCACACAGAAGAGCAACAUGAAACUGCACAUGAAGCGGGCGCACAGCUUUGUGGGAACCUUGCAGGCAACUGCUGUGGUCCAGGAACAGGAUGGGGAAGAGCUAAGGACCCUUCACUUAGAGGAAGUGGUGCAGGAGGCAGCGGGCGAGUGGCAGACCCUAACCAAUGUGUUCUGAUGCUAUGGAAGAAGGCUGAGCGCAUCCAUGAAGUUACAUUUGUGAAGAUUAGAUCACUCAAGAGUUUCUGUUUUAAAACUUCAAGUGUUAGAAAUCUACAAUAGUUUUUUUUUUAAGCUAAAUUAUUUGAAGAAUCAUUGCCAUUCAAAGACUGACAGGAAAAACCUGGGAAAUGUACAUCUGCACUGUUUUCAUUUGUCUACAGACCACAGAACCUGGGCACUGCCAUGGUCACUUUCACCUUCUCAUGGCUGUGUAUGUCCUUAGCAGGUGACCUGGAUCUGAAUAUCCUUGCAGUGAGAUUUGUGUUAGCAAAAGACAGUAUGGAAAAUCACACGUAUGAUAUUGCAUGAAAUUCAAAAGCGGUGCCAUUACACACGGAUGUUUUUCCACUUUUUACUCUGCGUUUUGCUAAUUAGUAACCGCCAGCUCUUUUUAGCCCACUCUUACGUUAAUGUAACUGAUGCCUUGAGAGAUGGCUGGACCCGUUCUCUCUCCGUCACAGACACCUAACCCCUAGUUAGAAGAACACAGGAUCUGGCAAUAGCAGGGCCACGGAGAAAAUGUGACCUGCAGGCGAGGACCAGCUGUUCACAUGGAUGUCCACACGCUUGCUGCAUGAGUCUGUCCAGUCACAUGUAUUUGAUCACUGCAGAAGCACAAGCCAUACCCUGUGAGCAGGAAAUGACAGAGUUCUCUCUUAGGAGACAGGAAGCUGUUCCUCUCCACCUCAGUAUAUUUAUCUGUAUUUUAAGGCUAAGGACUUAUAAAAAUCCUGCGACUUCCCUCCUCAUGCAUACCGGAGGUGUGUUUUCAUUUCAGGGAAUCCUCCAGUGUCAUCAGCAGUGCCACACAAGACACAUCCCAAACCAAACCCUCCUGCGCUGGCUGAGCAGUGCGCCUCAGCAUUCCAAAGACAGUAGGUCCCUCACCUCAUAUCAACUCCCUGGAAACUAUUUAUAUGUUCUAUAUGUGAAUACCUGUGUACAUAGACAGAUAUAUGGGCCUCCAUGUGGCUAAGAAGUCUAUUUUGUAAAUAGAAGCACUAGUCCACGUCGCAGAGCGCAUCGGAGGCCACUCCCUGGUGCACUUCAGACCGGUGUCGUGUUUAUUCUGUUAAUAAAUGGAUAUCUCCUUCAUUGUAACAUAAAGCUGGGCUCUAUUUUUUUUUCCUGAAAAAAAAAAGUUGCCUUUAUUUUCUCUCAUUGCCUCAUUGGUUUCCGAAGAGAGCAGUUUUAUUAUAAAUAUUAUGUGGACUUGUUCACUAAGAGUCCUGGAGAAAGACAUUUCACUGUUAUUUUAAAAGGGCAUCUUUUGAUUUUGUUCAUUUUGUCAUCUGUAUAUAAGUAAUAUUGACAGUGACAUAAAAACUUUUGUUAUGUGAAAAUAUUUAAGUCAGAGAACUGUUAAAUAUUAUUACUUUUUUUCCAAACUGAUUUGUGUAUUGUAUAUUUUUUUAAGAAGAAAAAAGCCUUACUUGACUUCUUGUGAUACUGGACUUAAAGCCCCAAGGCUCCCUGAAUGUCAGUGUGUACACCGGCUGAGGUCGUGUUUCCAGAGUAAUUGUAAUCGCGAGAGUUCUAAAGUCUCUGCUACUAAUGCACUUUUUCUUUCAUUUUUUAUUAAAGUAUUUUAGAAAUAUUAAUUUUAGUGAACAGAUAUCCCCCAAAUUGAAAUUAUUGGAUUUAAAAUGUUUUGUUCUUGCUGGGUUAUUUAUUUUCCUUUCAGCAUUAAAUGUCAUCUCAGGACGUCUGUACAGAGGUCGGCUACUUCCUGGUUGUGUGGUGAAUGCAGGCGCUGACUGUGGCUGUCAGUUGUUGUAUAAGUGAGACUUCAGUGGGUGAAUCUGCAGCCUGCUUUUGUUUGGGUUAAAGAAAAGAAAAUCUACCAGGAAUCAAUUAUUUUUUGUAUUUUCUCAGUUUACCAGCAAACAAACAUGGCAUGUAUGUGUUUUGAUUUCCUUCCUUACCGUCAACGCUGCUUCUUUGCCAACAUUCCUUGAAAAUACAAGGUUUUGAGAAGAUAACUCACUUGAAUAUUUUGGUUUACAGGUUGAUCUCUGUAUUUUAAUGUUUGGAAUAUUGUUAUAGGAAAGUGAUUCCUCAUGUAUAACCAGGGUUUGGAGGAUAGAGAACUGUAUUUUUAGAACUCUCUCUAUAUAACAUAUCUGUUUUGAGAUAACUAAAUGCAAAAAGACAUUAGGAAAUGUGAUGUAUGUGUUUUGUUUUGUUUUUAAAUCAUGUUUCAGAAUCACUAGGUGGGUGGGGAAUAAAUUUCAGGUAAUUUUUAGCAGAAAAGAAAACUGUAAUGAGUUUUCUUUUACCUGUGUGAAGUCCAGAGAAUGCAUUUCCUCUUGGUGUCUCCCUAAAGCACGUUGAGCUAACAGUCGGAUAUGGCCCUUAACAGAAGGUCCUGUGCCUGGCGCAGUCCUGCGGGUGCCGCUUGCUCCUUCAGUACAGGAGCCCGUUGGUCCCUGAAGGCAUGAUGCUGCUAAUCACGAGUACAGCUGAGGAGGUCAAGGGACCAGGAGAACCCGGCAUGGACAGAUCCUUCAGAAGGUCAUAGGUCAAAGUGGACACGCCAUGUGAGCAGAAAUGCUUCUCACCCCCAGAAAGCCCUCCUGGGUUCCUUGACAGUGCUCUGGGGCAGCAGGGAGGUGAAGCAGCGUGCACCAGAAAACGUGUGUUUGUAUGCUCUCCACACCGCUUUUAAAGUUCCUCUGGAUUCUCAUGAGCACAUCCGUGUCGGCUAGAUUUUAGAGGAUAGAUUUGGUUCUUCCUGUGCGCCCUGUCUUUGGAGAGACACUAAGCCUCACGUUCCAACCUAAAUGGCACCACACAGAUGUAUGUAAGGAGCGUUGGAUAAGGAAGUGCGUAUCUGUAGGCCUAUUCCCUACAGAAUAUCUCAUCUGUUGGGCUAUCUCAUGACUCCUUUCAUAAGGGCUUCCUCCACAGCCUAUUUCAAAACUCCAUACUUUGCUCUUUCACCAGCCCCACACUUUGAGUGACCCCAGGGCCUGGUGCUGCUGUCUCAUGAACCUUAUCCACGGUGACAUUGGUCCACAGUCCAUUUCUUUUCUGCCCGUGAUUUAUAUUCAUGUGAUGUGGACAGCGUGGAUGUAAAUUAGGGGAAAGUCUCAAGUGAGCUAUGGUUGCAAACACUUGUCAUCUCUACACUUGCGAAAUGGAGACAAGAAGAUCAAAGUCAGUCUCUAUUACAUAGCGAGUUCCAGGUCAGCCUGGGCUGCUUGAGACCCUGUCUCACAAAACAAAACCAGAAGCCAAGAGAAGUAAAAUUUCAAAAUAGCUACCCACAAUCGCCCAGUUUAGUGUCGCAUAUUCUGUUUGUUUUGUGUUUUACUUUAUCCCAGUGAAACAACUUGAAAUCUGGUUGCUUGCUGUCUAAACACGGGCUCUUUGCCCUCUUUGCUAACUAAAAAUUAGAGCUAUGAAGUCCACGGGAGCUGGAUGCCUGCACCACACACCCUGGCAGUGUGAUGGCUGCCCACGUCCCAGGCCCCCUAUGGUCAGCGAACAUGUGUUCCAUUUCACACCCUACUGCCCAGGCGCUGUGCUCAUAGUUUGUAUGGACUACAUGGUAUAGAUUGGUUAGUGUGUCAGGGGCUACAAACAGUAAUCAAAAAAAUCAUGCUAUUUAAUCUUUUCUAUGUGUGAUGCUUACGGCAUGAAGACUUUUGUACUGAGAAUCAAGAUCUGUAUAUUUGACAAGCUCUAAAACGCCAUAGUGAUUGUUCUUCAGCACCACUAAGAAAAUUGAAAGUUAAUUUUUUAAUUUACAGAAAAGUUCUCUUUUUAUCUUCAGAUUUGUCUCAUGGUCUAUUUAUACAUUGGAUGAUAUUUAUUUAAUCCAGUUUUGUAUUAGAAAUGGAUAGCUAUGCCAAAAGCCACUGUGCUGGCUUUUAAAAACAAUAAAACAAUAGUUUUUGUA